AUGUGUUUUCUGGACGGCAACUGCCACAUUUUCAUCAUUGCAACAAUUGAAGCGGCAAAUGCCGUCUCUCGCCACAGCUUCGGAUGUUGCCUGAGCCAAGUGGUCAUGCCAUGUCAUGCCGCAUUCCACGCGCACAUAUGCCCAACACUGCAUGAGCGGCCACCUGCACUUGGCGUCGCCUCUAGCCAGACCACUGCGACUUGCCCGGACCGAACUGCAGUAAGCUUUGUGCCCAUGGAUCUUGCUGCGCUGCAGGGUGCCGGGACCUUGGCGGUGAAACUGCGGGAGCUAAAGGCGGCCAAAGAGCGGUGGGAGGACCUGAAGCUUGGCAAGGCCAAGAAGGAGGCGGAGACCUUUCCGUUUCCUGUCUCGGCGCUUCUGGCCACGCAGCAGCCGCCGGCAGCCAAAGCCUUUGAUGUGUAUGAGAUUCCGAUCAAGCUCGUUAUCCGCAGCCUGGAGCCCGAUGUGGCGGUGGAGGUGCCCAGCCCGGAGCUGCCCGAGCAGCUGCAGUCAAAGAUCGCUGAUGCGGUCCUGGCGACCUGGAAGAAGUAUCUGAAAAAGAAAGCUGCGCCCUGGGGCAUCAUGCCAACCUUUGAAUGGGUAGAUGCCAACUUCCAUAAGCUCCUACAGCUGGACCCAGAAUGCCUGCAUCCAUACGAAGGGUGCGAUGAGAAUGACUGUACCAUCAAAAGGUAUGCUAUUGGUCCUCCUGCAGCGCCUGCUCCUGAAGAGCCAGAGAGCGAGGAGGAAAGUGAAGAAGAGGAGGAGGAGGACGAUGCUGAAGCGGAGGCCAUGAGGGAACGGCUUGCAGCGCUGCUUGCCGAAGUAGAGCACUCUGGAGCAGGCGACCGGAAGAAGCUGACCCCGGAGGAGAUCGAGCAAAGGCGGAAGGAAGCCGAAGAGUUGGGUGACAGGGUCAAGACCAUGUCGAAAAAGGAGCGGGAAGAGCAGAACAAGUCCAGAAAGGAGAAAGCCGGGCAGCGGCAAGCCAAGACCGGGUCGAAAACCCGGAAGUUCGAAGGCGAGGGCGCCACUUCCAAGGAAGAGAAGAAAAGGAAGAACACGGAGAAUGUCAAGAAGCGCAACGCGGCAGGAACACGUAACAAAGUUACAUGUGCUGCUGGGCAAUGCUGGUCAUGUCUCUUCCCUGAGAGCUCUCCAGAAUUCUAUGCUAUCUACGUGCAGUCUGCUUGGCCUGAGCUCUUGAUAUCUCAGGCUUUGGGAUUUCCUAGAGAUCGCUGCGACGUGAGUAGUUACGUGAGUUACGCGAUCAGCCCAGCCCUGUCCAAGUCUUGUCCAAGGGCUUGUCCAAGGCUUGUCCAAGAUCUUGCUUUGUGCCCUCCAUAUGAAACCACUGUUUCUUAUGGGAUGCUGCAUGUGAUACUGGCUUUCUCAUCUUGGAAGGUCCUGGUCAAGUCUCUUUCUGCGGAGUUGCCUCGGUAA